CAUUCUUCACCUCUCUCACUUCUACAUUUUUCUCUUUUUUUGCUCAUCAGCAAGUCAGAUUUGACACCUUUUUUUCUUCACUCUACUAGAAGAAGCCAAAUAAUCAACCAUGCUCGAUAUCAACAUGUUCCAGAUUGAGAAGGGUGGCAACCCCGAGGCCAUCCGCGAGUCGCAGCGCCGCCGCGGUGCCGACCCCAAGAUCGUCGACGAGAUCAUUGCCGACUACCAGGAGUGGACCAAGGUCAACUUUGAGCUCAACGCCGUCAACCGCAGCAUCAACGCCGUGCAGAAGGACAUUGGCAAGAAGUUCAAGGCCAAGGAGGACGCCUCGGAGCUGCUGGCGAAGAAGGCGGAGCUGGAGCAGCUGAAGAAGGAUCUGUCCGAGACCGAGCAGGCCAAGGACAAGGCCCUGCGCGCCAAGGUCAACACUGUCGGCAACAUUGUGCACGACUCGGUCACUGUCAGCAACACCGAGGACGACAACGACGUUGUGCGCACGCAUUUCGUCGAUGGCGUCGAGCCCAAGCACCAGCCGGAGCUGCGCUCGCACCACGAGGUCCUGUAUCUGCUCGGCGGCUAUGACCAGGAGCGCGGCGCCAAGGUCGCCGGUCACCGCGGCUAUUUCCUGACCGGUGUUGGUGUCGAUCUGAACCUGGCGCUGAUCAACUACGGUCUGCAGUUCCUGGGUAAGAAGGGAUACACCAAGAUUCAGACCCCGUUCUUCAUGCGGCGCGAGAUUAUGGCCAAGACCGCCCAGCUGUCGCAGUAUGACGAGGAGCUGUACAAGGUUACCGGCGAGGGCGAGGACAAGUACCUGAUCGCCACUUCGGAGCAGCCGAUCUCUGCUUUCCACUCGGGUGAGUGGUUCGAGCAGCCCGCCGAGCAGCUCCCGGCCAAGUACGCCGGCUACUCGACCUGCUUCCGCAAGGAGGCUGGCGCUCACGGCAAGGACACCUGGGGAAUCUUCCGCGUGCACCAGUUCGAGAAGAUCGAGCAGUUUGUCUUGACAGAACCCGAGAAGUCGUGGGCUAUGUUUGACGAGAUGAUCGCCACCUCGGAAGAGUUCUUCCAGUCCCUCGGUAUCUCGUACCGGGUUGUCGGCAUUGUUUCCUCGGCGCUCAAUGACGCCGCUGCCAAGAAGUUCGAUCUGGAGGCCUGGUUCCCUCACCAGGGCGAGUACAAGGAGCUUGUGUCGUGCUCGAACUGCACUGACUACCAGUCCCGCAACCUCGAGAUCCGCUGCGGCACCAAGAAGAUGGGCGACCGCGAGAAGAAGUACGUGCACUGCCUCAACUCCACUCUGUGCGCCACUGAGCGUGCCCUGUGCUGUCUGCUGGAGAACCACCAGACCCCCGAGGGUCUGAGGAUCCCCAAGCCCCUGGUUCCGUACAUGGGUGGUGUCGAGUUUGUGCCGUUUGUCAGGGACACUCUGCCCAAGAACAUGAAGAACUAAGGUUCGCGAAAAGUUCAUUAACAGACUUCAAUAUAUCAUUUAACGAUAUUGGAGCAUAUCAGCCGUGCAUGCGAUUCAUUCCAGAUAAUUGAUGGUUACAUACACAUAUUGAAAAGCUGAUACAGACUAUUCGCAAUAAUACUUGUCCCUCGCCUUGUCCACCUCGUCGAUGUGUACAGUGAACUC